AGAGGUUUGGGGUGGAGGUAAUAGGUUUAGAAUGCAGUAGCUUCUGUGGAACUCCUUCCUUUUUCUGGAUGGAGGUGACUGGUAAUAAGGUGUAAGUGCUUAAUAUCAGCCCUCCAAAGUAAGUUGAGUGCGUGUGUGUUAAUCUGAUUUAGCACAUGAGUAAACUCAUGUAGUUACUUAAAGUAUAAAAAUUAACCAGUUGUACCUGCGUUCCCACUUAAGCAACGGGGUUAGGAACCAAGCUGUGUGAAACCCUGAAUUGAAGAAGGAUGAAUUGCUUUCCACAACUGAAAUACUGUACUAUCACAGGUUUUCCAUGUCGCUGUAAUUCCUCCCUUUUUCCAGGAGUUGGCAUUAUAGAAAAUAGAUUCAUCAUUUUAGAAGAACACCUAUUUAACUUGAAGUUUGCUGCAAAAGAGCUUAAUCGGAAUGCCAAGAAAUGUGAUAAAGAAGAAAAGGCUGAAAAAGCCAAGAUUAAAAAGGCUAUUCAGAAAGGGAAUACAGAAGUUGCAAGAAUACAUGCUGAAAAUGCAAUCCGCCAGAAGAACCAAGCAAUUAAUUUCUUGAGAAUGAGUGCUAGGGUUGAUGCUGUGGCAGCCAGAGUUCAAACUGCAGUGACAAUGGGCAAGGUAACCAAGUCUAUGGCAGGUGUAGUUAAGUCUAUGGAUGCUACACUGAGGAGUAUGAACCUUGAAAAGAUUUCUGCCUUGAUGGACAAAUUUGAACACCAGUUUGAAACACUGGAUGUUCAAACACAACAAAUGGAAGACACAAUGAGUAGCACUACAACCCUAACAACACCACAAAGCCAAGUGGAUAUGCUGCUUCAAGAAAUGGCAGAUGAAGCUGGCCUUGAUCUCAAUAUGGAACUACCACAGGGUCAGACAGGAUCUGUCGGCACCAGUGUUGCUUCCACAGAACAGGAUGAACUGUCACAGAGACUUGCUCGUCUACGUGAUCAAGUGUAAAGAAUUGGUGCUUUUUACUUCACCUGCUUCAGAAAAAUUUCGUGUGUAUAUAUAGAUAAAUUGCACUCCAGUUACAAAAGAAUGCUUAAAUGCUAUUUAUAUUUAAUGCUUUCUUUUGCCAUCUUGUACUUUCUAAUAAUUCCAGAGGGUUUUCACCAUGACAUAUUUUAGUUUUGUAUAUUAUGUUGAAAAGCGUGAGGAACAUUCUUUUUUGUAGAUGACUUUGACCAAGCAAGCAUUAGUUUGUUGUAUAUGAUACAUUUUCCUCAAAAAUUGCAUCAAAAAUCUGGCAACAAAGUACUACAGAAGAAAGUACAGAAUAAAGGUUUUGGUUUCUUUUUAAUUCAAAGUUGUUUUGAAUCUCUGCAUUCACAUGCGAUGCAUAAAAAUAAAAGCAGGGAAAACAUGUUUACUUAACAUGCUUACAUAACCCAAAAUACCUCAGUUAGUGUCAUAUGAUGGGCAAUGCUAUUUUUUUUAAUACAUUUUUUUAUCUUUAGAGAGAGAAGGGAGAG